AAACAAACCACUUUAAUUAGAUGUCUUUAACUCUGUCCUCUAGGUGGCGCUGUCCAGUAGGUCGAUUUCCCAAAUGACAUGCUGAUGUUUGGCUGUUUCCAGCAGGUCUUUUUCAGCGCCUUUUCCCUCAAACACAAACGCACUGAUUUCUCUUUCUGCUUUAUAGAUAUCUUUAUGAAAAUCGUUCCGCAGUGUUUUUUUUUUCAGUCAGUAAUCGUCUGUUCGUCAGUGGGAGCGGCUCGGAGAUAGACGCAUUCAACGACCAGAAAACGCACAUAUUUAUAUGAAAACCGCCUUAUAGAAGUCAUAUUUUACUGUCUUGUUCAGAAACAUGAAAAUAUUAUUUUUCUUCAUUUUCUUAAUUUUCGCUGACGGUGUGUUUGGUUUCGAGACGGAUGGUGUGAAGUCGGUAACAGUGAAGGAGGGAGAUCCUGUCACUCUAAACACUUGUAUUAAUCAAACACAAAAAUUCAAUAAGAUACUGUGGAUGUUUGAAAACACUGUCAUAGCUGAUAUCAAAGACCAAAAAUCGUCGACAGAAGACGGUCCUGAUGGGAGAUUCAGAGACAGGCUGGAGCUGGACUUUGAAUCGGGAUCUCUGACCAUCAGGAACAUCAGAACCAACCACUCGGGACUUUAUCAAGUGGACAUGUUCGGCACGAGUAAAUCCUCAAAGAAAUUCAAUGUGACUGUAAUUGGUGUGUUUGAUCCAGACGCAGAUCAAAUAAAGGCAGUGUGGGCGACUGAGGGAGAUCCUGUCACUCUGAACACUGAUGUUAAACUACAGAAAGAUCAUCUGAUUUUGUGGAGGUUUGCAAAGGCCACAAAAGGCAAUCCAGUUCAUCAUAACCCGUGUCAAAGCGAUGGGACUGCCAUCGCUCAAAUCGAUGGAGAAACUGAUAAGAUCUCAUUAGAUGCUGGUGACGUUCAGAUAUUUAAUAAUGUAGUGAAGGUGGACAAACUGAGCGGAUCUCUGACCAUCACAAACUUCAGACCUGAACACUCUGGGAUUUAUAUACUACAGAUCACCGAUAACACUGGGACCAAAUGCAGGAGAUUCAGAAUCACAAGUGAUGGUACAAAAUCCCACUCGCAUGUAGUUUGGAUGUCAAUCGCUAUUGUACUAAUAGUGAUUAUGGCGGUUGGGUGUUUGGCUGUGGGCGUUCGAAAAAGGAAGGAUUUGUUCGGGAAUGUGUGUAACUCCCGUCAACCAGGGUCUCAGGAUCGUGUUGAAACAAGGCAGGCAGAAUCUGUCAGUUUAAAUUCUUCAGGUAAGGAAUGAUGUGAUAAAGUGGAGCAACGUCAUAGCAAGGAUCAUUAGAGCGUAAGAAGACAUGAUGGUGCUGAUUUAGAGACAGACUGGAGCUCUGACCAUCAGGAGCACCAGAAACACAGACUCUGAAGAUUAUCAGAUUACCAACAAUGGAUAGUUCCGGUCCUUGAUUCUGAUUGGUUGAGCCAUGUUCAAAGCUGUUGUACAUUGUCUAUGCGUAUAAAUUAUGUAUAAAAUUCAGCCAUAUGUAUAUAAACAGACAAUCAUGUUUUAAGUGACCAUAAUCAGUCGAGAAAGAAAACGGAUGUGGUAACAGUAUAAUGAAUCUGUGUGUCAGGCCUUAAAGUGACAGCAGCCUAAUAUACCUGUUGCCAAAUUAUGAGAUAUUAUAUGGAAAAUAUCUAUAUGGAGGUUUUUUUUCCCAUGGUAUUGAUAGUAAAAUGGUGGCCAGUAAAAAUCCUGACUUUUGAAAACCACAAACCACAAUGGCUGGUGAGAAUUUUAUUUAAAUGUCAUGCGUGUGUGUGUGUUACAGUAUGUGACAUGCCUCUAAAAAUACUUCAACCUCAUUAUUGAUCUAGAUCUGCCCUAAUGAGAAAUUUCUCGGACUGCAUAGGACUAGAUAAUAUAAGAGGUAAUGCACCACACUUAAUGAUUCUCUGAUUAAUGUUUGUAUAUUUCAGUGGAUAUUCAUUAGCCUAUAUAAGCUAAAGUGCAAUUAAUGAAUGCGGAUGCUUUGUGUUUUUUUACACAUCCUAUAUGCUGUAUCAUGCUGAGUGUCUGCGGGAUUAUUGUGAUGUGAUGCAUUAAUUGUGUUUUACUGAUUGACCUCAACCAUUGUUAUUUUCAAAUAGACAUAUCGCUCUGUACUGUAACUUUAUUUUUUAACUUGUGUUGGAUAUAAACCUCAGCUGCUCAAUGAGUAAAUGUGGAUUUAAAUCAUCCUCUGUUUUCACAGACAAGGCUCAAGUCUAGUCCCAGACUAAUAUGCAUGUUUGAGCUGUUUUAACUGAAAAUAACUCACAG